AUGAAUUUCCCACGAGACAACGCUGGUCAUGUAACCAAAACAAUCUCCGCCACUGCCCGACCAGCACAACCAUCUGCCAUGGCGUCAACUCUUUGGUGGACCGAUCCAACCAAGAGAAAUCGAUUCCUCAAAGAAUAUCGUACUCAGGUGGCUUCUGGGGCAUCUACAAUCAUCGCGACUCUAAUCUCGACUCCGUUGGAAAAUUUGAAGACUCGCAUGCAAACACAUGACUUCAAGGGCUAUGGACACUGUGCUCGCUACAUGUGGCGAACUGAAGGUCUUCGGGGAUACACUGCUGGCGCUCUGCCACCACUCGCGAGUGUCACCAUUGUGCGGGUGAUCAACUUUACCGUCUACCAGAAAGUGAAGCAUAUGGUUUCGGAUACUAUCGAGCAAGCUACUGGGACGUCACCUUUGGUGUAUUAUAAUACUCCGGGAAGUGUUCCAACAUUGGCAACUUUAACAACGUUUACGAUCGGAGGCAUGGCUGCAGGCCUCGCAGCAGCUCCUCUUGCUUGCCCAUUUGAACUAGCGAAAAACGUUGUGCAGACUUCGGUCCUCAUGGCCAACCGAGCCCAAGCUCAAGCUUCCGCUGGCAAGAUCCCGGACAAAUCUCCUUUGCGAGAUGUCAAGCGUCUCACGACCUCCGAGGCAAUCAAGCAGAUUAUUUCGCGUCAUGGUAUUCGUGGCCUCUACACCGGGGUUCAGUUGCAUGCGUUACGUGACACUAUCGGUACCGGAAUGUACUUUGCAAUAUACGAAACAACUAAACAGCUGAUCUCAACUUACCAAGGCGAUCAUGGAUCUCCGUUUGGGGCACCGAUGGUUGCUGGAGCUCUUUGUGGAGUCAUUCCCUGGAUCUGCACCUACGGUCUUGACACAAAAAAGACACGCGCACAAAGCAUCUUGCUUGGAAAAUCAAACGAGAUUAAUGAAGCAACAGUCGCCGCCGCGAGAUCGUCAACUUAUAGAGGCAUGACUGUCCUUCUCUUCCGUACAUCGGUGCAAAACAUGAUCCUUCUCUCAACAUUCGAGUACAUCAAGAUGAAAAUUAAUGAGCUCCCACUAUAUGACGAGAAACCUCAAGCUUGACUCUUAUUUUUAUUUUGGAGGGGAAAGCGCGCCGUUUUGGCUGAUUCAGACAACUUCUCUUCUCGGUUUCUGCGUCGAGACUUUUGAUACUUUUACCCUUAGGUAAAUCGUGCUUUGAAACUUUAGGGCUGCAGAAAGACACCAUUCCCAAGAAUUUUGUAAAUAGGCACUUGAUUCGCUAGAACUUCCAAUGAGCCCGUUCGAAACGUCGAAUCGAAUGUCAUAUGAUUUGAGAG